AUGUCGCAGGAAUCAAGCGAAGGAUCAUCAAGAUCCUGGUUUGAUCACUUUCGUCCCAGACCCGAAAUCACCAGUGCUCGCCCUUCUCGAUUGCCACACAUCCGAACCUCGCGCGAUGGAUAUGACCUUCGGAGCCCUGUCCAUAGGCCAGCGCAGGAAGAAGCCGUCAUUGACCUUACAGAGGAGCCCGAAACACCCCCGCAACGUAUCUUGCCUCGCGGCUCGGAAAGCCGAAACUCAAAUCCCGGGAGACUCCCGCGAUUCGGGAGGGAUAUCUUGGAGAACAUAGUUGAUCUUGAGGCGGAUGAAGAAGAGCCUACCAGCAAUCCCACCGGAGGGACAUCCACCAGCCCGGAAGUCCAGUUCGUCGGUUCCACAACUCGCCGCCACCCCCUUCCAUCCCGGGGAGUAGACCCUUUCUCCGUGCGCAGGUCGAACCUCGCCCCACCGAAUCCGAGACGUCGUCCCGUGCACAACAGUAUGGACGACAGUAUGCUUUCGUCAAUCUUUUCCUCAGUUCCAAGUCUACUUGGACGAAGAAGUUUGGCUAGAUUCCCGGCUCCGGAUGUUGAGUCUUACAUAUUUGGCUCGGAAUUACUCCCUGACUCUCUCGAUGACCUAGGUCAACUCAACUAUGCCAUGUCUUCAUUCCCCAUGGGAAGUUCAACGCCGCAAGCACCCCCAAGUCGACGAAAUGAAUACAAGCCACCGAGCCCUGCGCCGGAAGGUUUUACGCGGACACUUGGCGAAGAGGACGUCGCUAUUUGCCCCAACUGCUAUUGGGAAUUAGGUACCGGAGAAGGCAAGAAGCAAGAGAUUUGGGUUGCAAAACAGUGUGGACAUGUCUACUGUGGAGAAUGCACUGACAACCGAUCCUUAUCAAAAGCUAAGAAGGCACAAGGCUCUAUCAAGACAAAACCGUUCUCGAAGUGCCAGGUUCUUGACUGCGGCAAAUCUGUCAGCGCGCCGACUUCAAUGGUCCACAUCUACCUCUAA